UUGACGCUUGAGUUGAUUGGCAAAGUUGAACACAGUUGUGUUUACAUUUAAAGUUAUAUAUGUAAUUUAUAGUAUGUUAGCACUUGUUGAUUACGCCAGUAGCUCAAGCUCUGAAGGUGAGGAAUGCACAAGACCCGCGGCACUUAAGAGACCGGCAUUAUUGCCAACAGCUGUUUCACUGCUAGGUGCCAAAGCCCCAAAAUCAAGCGUGGAUGAUGCUGAAGAUUGUAAGGAAAAUCCAGAGCUACAUGGUGGCCGCAUACGCAGCUUUAAGCAUGAGCGCGGCAACUGGGCAACGUAUGUUUAUGUUCCAACUACAGCUUGUAUGGAUCAGCUUGAAGAAUUUCAAUCAGAAGCUAUAGAGAAAAUGUCGCAAUUAAUAAAACUGCAGGCCAAUGAAGGGCUGCACUUAAGUUUAAGCAAGACUGUGGUGCUACAACAUCAUCAGAUUGAUGAAUACUCCCGAUCGUUACAGCAAGCGCUGCAUAGUAAAGUGGGCUUUAGCAGUACAUUACGUUGGCUGCAGGUCUACACGAAUGAAGAGCGCACGCGUACCUUUCUCGCCGUGGAAUUGGAUGCAGCAUACAGAGGCAAAAUGACUGAACUAUUACAGCCCAUUGACUUGGUCAUGCGGGAAUAUCGCUUGGCGCAGUUUUAUGCGCCGCCUUCAUUUCAUAUAAGCCUGCUCUGGUGUGUUGGUGAUCAAGAGCAAUUGUUGUUAGACAAGCUUGAUGAGCUGCAGCAAAUAUUGGAUGCACAUGAUACUCUGAAGUUGGAUGUAAAUGAAGUGCGCUGUAAAUGUGGCAAUAAGCAAUUUCGUUAUAAAUUAAGAUAGCAAUGCACAUUUAUUUCAGUAUGUAAGUAUUAAAAA